GGGAACUGUAACGCCGUCAAAAAACGAAAAUUACAGAGAUUAUUAUGGGUGUUUCAAAUGAGACAGAAAGUGCUUUUGUCUUUGACCUCACUUGGGACGAUGCGAACUGGAUUCUGACGGCAAGUUUUAUAAUUUUUACGAUGCAAACAGGCUUUGGAAUGUUAGAGUCUGGCUGUGUCUCUGUCAAGAACGAAGCAAACAUUAUGAUGAAAAAUGUGGUUGAUGUCGUGUUUGGAGGUACUACAUACUGGUUGUUUGGCUUCUCGAUGUCGUUCGGAAAUGAUCCACCCUACUCGUCUCCGUUCCUUGGGUUUGGCGAAUAUGCAGUGGAUGCAGAUUUGAGCAUUAUGGGUCCUGUUUUUGCAUCCUUCAUGUUUCAACUCUCGUUUGCCACCACUGCUACAACAAUUGUAAGCGGAACAAUGGCAGAGCGAUGUAAUUUCAAGUCGUAUUGCGUCUUCUCAAUGUUGAACACCGUCGUCUAUUGUAUUCCCGCAAGAUGGGUGUGGGGACCAACGGGAUUUCUGCAUGACAUGGGUGCCAUUGAUAUCGCCGGUUCGGGUGCGGUCCAUUUAUUAGGUGGGGUUUCAGGCUAUGUUGCCGCCUACAUGCUGGGGCCAAGACUUGGAAGAUAUGAUCGAGGAACAGACCCUUUACCGCUGGGAAACCCUACAAGCUGCAUUGUGGGGUUAUACAUUUUAUGGUGGGGAUGGCUAGCUUUCAACAGUGGGAGUACGUUCGGAAUUAGUGGAGUAAAGUGGAAGUUUGCUGCCCGAGCUGCCACUUCAACAAUGAUUGCGUCAAUUGGUGGAGGUUUAACUGGGGCUGCAUGGACACUGGCAAAACCAGGAAAGAUUUUCUAUGUGAUGGACAUCGUCAACCCUGUAUUGGGUUCGCUCGUUGCAGUGACGGCAGGUUGUGCUUUGUUCCACACCUUUGACGCGUUCGUCGUGGGUAUCAUUGGAGGAACGACCGUGUUGUUAACAUCCGGUUUUGCGGAUUGGACAAGAGUCGAUGAUCCAGUCGGGGCCACACCAGUUCACGCAUUCGGUGGAUUUGUUGGCCUCAUUUGUGUGGCCCUGUUUGCUGAGGAUGACAAGGGAGCUGGCUUCUCUAAUGGGCGAGCUGGUCUCUUUCGUGGGGGUGGCACUUACUUGUUAAAAGUACAAUUGUUUGCCUCUCUUUGUAUCUCGGUCUGGGCAGCAGCAAUCACAUUCGUUCUAUUAUGGAUCACAAACAAGUUAAUUCCAAUUCGGAUGGAGCCCCAUGAGGAAUUACUCGGUGCCGACUUUGUAGAACAUUUAGUUCGCAGAAGAAAUGCCGGUAUCUCAGCUGCAUUAUCCGUUGUGGGAUCUCACCCAGAAAUUGUUCACGUGACUGACGCAGCAGCAACAAUUGGACAAACGAAUCCCAGGCAUGACCGCUUACUCAACAAGAUGCAAGAACUUAACCUCCGACGCUGGUCUCGGAUAAAACAUGCCACCACGGCCAUAAGCAUUUUUAAGCGAAAAGCUAAAAUCGCCAAUGUUGUCAAACAAUCAAACCAAACUGUUAAGGGAACCGGUGCAUUCAACUAUAUCGAUUAUCUCGGAGUGCCAGAUCCCGAUGGGUGGAUGGUGAACCCCAUUCUUUGCCGUUCUACGGGCCAUGAAUCGAUACAGUUUACAAAUGAGACUGGCACGAGAAAUGUCAACAGGAGGCUGCGAGUGUCACAACAAAAGUAUUAGGACGACGAUGAUACUUGUGUAUACGGACACUUGACGGAGACUUAAGUGUAUACUUUUACGUAUAACAGGAUCUAAGUCAGGAGCUAAGUAGCUUUGAGAGUUGGGAAAUAUUUCUAGACUUUUUCAUCAAUAUUUAUAAUAUUACAUGUAAUUUAUUGUGUACCAGAAUUGGGCCAAUGGGAAUAAACCACUGCAAAAUUGAA